AUGAGUGAUGCCUCGCAGAUCGAGCCUCACUGGGGCUAUGCGGACCGUGCGCUGCCUUGCACCAACGACAAGGGCUCUUGCGAGUACUUGGAUCUGGUCUACUCGGCUCAUGACUUGAGCAUGAUCUAUGCUGGCAUCCUAUGGGCGACCAUUGGAGGCAUAUUGGUCCUUUGGACAGUGCACCGCAGACUCAGAUUCAAAGAAUCGACGUCUGCACGGUUCGGCCGCACUGCUAGAGCCGCCAUCCAACGCUACCUCCUUCCGGAAUCGAUUCUCUCAGUCUUUGGCCGCGCUACUCGCUUACAAGUUGUCAUUCUCCUCAGCCUCAUUGGGAACAUCAUCAUCUGGUCUUUCGUCGGCCUCGCCUAUCGAACCUGGAUCACACCUGUGAAGGGCCUUCCGGGCGUUCACAACACUCGAACUACGCUCGGUCCCUGGUCUGAUCGCAUUGGGGUACUGGCAUUCGCACUCACUCCCUUGUCUGUGAUGCUUGCCAAUCGGGAGUCUCUUCUUUCGCUUCUUACUGGAGUGCCGUAUCAAGGUUUCAACUUCUUACACCGAUGGCUGGGAUACGUUAUCUUUGCUCAAGGCUCCCUUCACACGAUCGGCUGGUGUAUUAUUGAGAUCCGUUUGUAUCAGCCCCAACCCGCUGUGGCACAGCAAUUCGUUUCUGAAAUCUAUCUAGUAUGGGGGAUUGUUGCCAUGGCAGUUCUCACCUUGCUCUUUCUCCUAAGCACCCCAUGGGGGAUUCGACUUACUGGAUAUGAGGCUUUCAGAAAACUGCAUUAUACCUUGGCCAUGGUGUAUGUCGGAGCGUGCUGGGGGCAUUGGGAGAAGCUUGAAUGCUUCAUGAUGCCGUCACUCAUUUUCUGGCUCCUUGACCGUGGCUUGCGCCUUAUCAGGACCGGGAUCCUUCAUUACCAGAUUCUGCCAUCAGGGGAUGUGGGAUUCCACACUUGCGCAGCAGAAUUCACAAUGUUUCCGGACACCGAAAACGGUGACGAUCCUUGGAAAAUUGGCCAGCAUUACUUCUUGUGCUUCCCAGAAAGCAGCAUUUGGCAAUCGCACCCGUUCACCCCGUUCAAUAUUGCCCAGGUCCAGAAUGGGCUGGUGAAGCACUCCUACAUUAUUCGAGCCAAGGGCGGAGAAACGAAAAAUGUUGCUCAGAUCUGUGCGAACAAGCUCGUGUCCACAGCCCAUACGGGCGUGAGGACCAUAUCAGUGAUUUUGACCGGCCCUUAUGGAGUGAAUGCUAUGGAAGACUUUGAGCCGCACAGCAACGUCGUUUGUAUCGCAGGUGGGACGGGAGUAUCAUUUACUUUACCUGUAAUGCUCAGCCUCUCUCGGUCGAGAAUUACCAUGAAACGAAAGCUCAGGUUCAUUUGGAUCAUCAGGAGGGAACGCGACAUGAAAUGGAUUGAGGAGGAGCUGAGGGCUCUUCAGCAGGCGCCCGAUAUUACAACCCUAGACAUCAGCAUCUUUAUCACCGGCGACGCAAGGACAAAGAUUGAGCCGACGGAUGGAAAUCGGCGGCCGGAUACCGCGAAGAUGAUUGGCGAUUUUUUAGAGAACACAGUCUGUGGGCCAAGUGUCGUCGUUGCAAGCUGUCCGGGGGAGAUGAUUAGCGACAUUCGCAGGGCUGUUGCGGGCUUCAACUCUCCGAGGAAGGUCUGGCAUGAACAGCAGCGGUAUGAUGUAAGGUUGAUAUGUGAGGAUCGCUUGGAGCUGUGA